CUGACCUUUUGCUCAUCGACCAUGGCGGAUACCUCCACCUACAAUCACUUUUAUAAUUCUUUUGGUGACAAUGGAUCGCCAGAAAAGCUCGUUAUCUCUCCUCUGGAUGUGCCUUACAGUCCUGAUCUUACUGUUUUCCCUUGCUAUUCAGACGAUGAUUUGGGCGACUUACCCCUCCUAUACCCAUCAUCGUCGCCAGAUUCAACUCAGUCAAGUUUGGGAUCAUCAAACGAAACCAUCAUCUCUGAGCUUCAGAAUCUGAUACGUGCUCGUUGUCUUGAACUUCACACGAUUAGUGGUCAUCAUCAUCCGGAAGAUCGCGAUCCGACUACCAGCCCUCUAAAAUCCUUUCCUCCUCAGGUUUUCCUCAAGCCCCCUAGAGGUGACUUGGAACGUGACCACACCGAAUAUCCUUCUCCAUUCCUACCCGUGCUUCCCAGCAAGAUGCUCGAGGACUACCAUGCCUUGCAGGAGGUCCUUUGUACACCGUCAGCAAGUCCCCAGCGUAAGAUCGGCGCCGCAGACCACUCAACAUCUCAUCAUAUCUCCCCUCUUGCGGAUAUUGCUAAUCUCAAUCAUUCACCAAAAACCCCAUUCGACAGAGCUCUCGAUAUUUUUUCCGAUCUCUUAUCUUCUUCGGACUCUCCAGUUCUGCAUCGCUCCCCGGAUCUCUUGAAAGGACCCUCAGGAAAUGUCUGUGCUUCUGUUGUUCAAAAUAAUGGUACUGGGUCGCCGUUAUCUCCAUCGUCCCCAAUCUCGUUUAUAGAGUCUGCAAAGGAUGAUUGCUUUUCUCAUUGCAUAAAAGGACAUAAUGUCAAGACACCUACUCGUACCACUCCUUCGCUCUCUGCGCGCCCUUCGACGAGUCCACUGACGCCUAUCAGUGACGGUAUGGAGCUGGCGUCCAAUCUUCCACCCAAGCUCAAGAUCAAAAUUAAACCAAGUUUCACCAAUUCGACGGUGAGCAGCACAAAGCGAAAAACCGAUCAGAAUCAUGAUCCGUCACCCUCCAAGCGGACCCGAUUCAGCGUCCGUCGACUUCUACGUGAAACUCAAAUACAGGCAACCCUCACUGAUCCUGUCGAUGCAAACACUUCUGCUCCCAUUGUCUCAGGGUCUGAGAAGAAAUUCCGGACAUCCAUCAAGGAUAAUGACUCGCAAGUCUCUCACCCCCCAGCUCGCAGACAAAAGGCUCAAGUCGCAGACCAGAUCGUUCCUUCUUCCUCUCGUCCGCUCGUCCGCUCCGCUAGCGUCGAUCGUGAGAUGCCCGUUACGACUCAUUCUUAUACUCAGCGAAGCUUCUCCCACCCAAUCAGGCCAGGGAAUUUCAUUGAGGUAUCGCCCGACUUGUCACUGUUCUACCGACGAUUCCCUGCAAGUUCAUAUUUCAAGACAAACGAUGCCGAAUCUCCUUUCACCCUUUUUAGGGUCAUUAAUCCAGGAGGAACCUAUAAUCCACCAAAGAGCGCGUUCGAUCUGUAUACCCCUCGGUUUGUGAAGGGGAAGGGCAGGGACAAAGUAGGGCUUUGCCCUAUUUGUAUUGAAAGUGUGGAAAGAGGCGGCGAAGGGAAGGCUUUGUGGUUUGCCAUGAAGUUCUCCGCGUACAAGUAGGUUUGUUCUGUUCCGAGUUGUGAUCUUUUGCUAACUUCCCAUACUUGAUCCAGCUACCACAUGCAAUACAUGCAUGGCAUCUCAGCCGCGUCUGCACUGCCGUUUCUACCCCCGCUUGCGUUUCGCAUCUCAAAGCGACCCAGAGCUAUGAAGACCGAGAAGACAGUUAUCAAGGAGGGUAAAUGUCACCAGUGCCAGAAAUGGAUUCCGGUCGAAGGUGUAAAGGACAUGGAAGUCAAGGUCAAGGAGAUCUUUUGGUGGAAACACGCAGCCGCCUGUCAUAACGCCUCAUCUGCUAGUUUAGGGUUCGGUGACCAAGGUUCAAGCGAUGUCUUCGAGCAAGACUAUGUGUACCGCACUUUGAAGGAAAUGGAACUCGAGGCGGAUGAUGAGGUUGACCCUGGUGGUAGCUUGGAUAAGAAGCAUGUCUAAUUUUUGUUAUUCUUCCUUUGUUUUUUCCCUAUUUUCGUUUGCUGUUUCUUCUCUCUACAUUGGACCGAUUUGUUUGUUUGGAUGGAUGGAAUCAUAGAUCGUCAUCGUCAUAGUUGCAUUCUGCUCGUUUUCCCGUCUCAUUUGGAAUGCUCACUAUUUUAUUCCGUAACAUCGAUUUACGUGGAUGCACCAAUACAAUAACUGCACGUCGAGGCGUGUAACUAAAUGAGGGGUAUCUGAGUAGAACGCAAGCCAAUUCCUGGCUUUCGCACUCGACUUUAAUCUUCGAAAACUACGAUUUUGCCUCGUGUUGACCACCCCAAACUCGCCAACUUAACCGUGUCUCUGAAAUGUUUCCCUCUCUUCCCAUAAACGUGAAUUUGUAAGGCGCCAAGCGCACUUCCGAAUGCAAAAACGAGACGUCCCGAGGCAGGCCACCCUCAGAAGAACCUCGUCCACGACUUGGAAUUCUCCAGCUGGAAUCUGGUGUUCCUCACGGUUCACCCGAAGUCGAGAAGUUGAGCACAAUUAUUCGUAUCCGAAGAUAUGGCUUUCCUCAAUACGUUUGUGUGAGAUGGCCUCCACCUUUGAACGAUUCUCGUGAAGGCAGCUCGAACUUCCCCAUUGCAUGUGUAGUCGUCGAUGUUUGAUCGGUUUAUUUAACAAUGUCGG